GUUAACAUAAAGUCACGAACUAGAGAUUUCCUGAGGUCGUUCAGGUAUGGGAGGUAUCUAUGAGAACCGGGCUCUCUAAAUGGCAGCGGGACACUUUUAAAGGUGACGCCCCCCCCAGAGGACGCUUGGCAAUAGCGUAGGCUACGACAAGACAAAUGAUACAGCACCCAGUCUUGAAAUGAUCUGUCCCCUUGUGAGCCAAGACACGAGUCACCAUUUCUCAACAAACAUCAAGUGCACCAAACGAAACACAAUUCGGCCUCUAUUCGAUUGCUGCCAGCAUUCAUCAACAACAAGUUCGCCGGACGGACAUUGAACGCGUAGAUCCCUUUGCGACUUCGACCCUGAAAUGCGAUACAGAUAAGAGCUCCUAAAGAUUCGACGGCCUCCAACGGUAUACAACCGAAAGAAUAAAGACGAACACCGAAUUCCCCGACAAGGAACACGAGGGAGGAAAGUCUUACAACUAGAAAAGCACGACUACGAAAAGAAUCGUAAACGUCCUCAUAUCACCGCCGCAGCAUGUCUGAGCAGCACCGCUAGCUCCCAUCCUCCAUUCUUCACCUUUAACACAGCACCUUUUCUAUUCCUCCUCAUCGUCAGGAGCUUAGCCAGGGAUGCCGCCCUCACCACGAUAUCGAGCUUCCGACCCACCCGACUCUCCCGCGAAUGACUCCGAUUCCGACCUUGAUCUAGAUAUUCAGGAGCUCGACCCAAUAUCAACCACUCCAGCUCCAAGGGACAACGAGCGCCCUUCAACCGAGCCACAGACAUCGCGGAUAGCGCUGCGAAAUUUGCGCAUGGGUGGAGUGCGGCGAGCUGGAAAGAGGAAUCGCGGGUAUGGCGACCUCGGCCAGGAUAGAGACGGAAACGACGAACAUUCCCAGGCAUUAUUAGGGGAACAUAAUAGCAGUGCGUCUCGAUGGUCGGAAGGAAGCGGUUACAAUGAGGACGAUCAACCAUUGCUAGGGGGGCAGCCUUCGCAAAGCCGGAAGUCCAUGAACUCGGAUCGAGUAUCUUCACGGUUACGACUCCCCAGUUUCAUGUCGGGCUCGAAGAAACCAGAACCGAGCGAUGCGGAGGACCAAGAAGACGACGACCCAUCCUCCUCUCGACAUGUGGCCGUGGGAUCGACUCAACCUGUGCGAUUUCCAAACAACAUCAUCUCAAAUGCCAAGUACACAGCCUUGACAUUCCUCCCCAUCACCCUCUAUAACGAAUUCUCAUUCUUCUUCAACAUGUACUUCCUUCUCGUGGCACUGUCGCAGGCGAUACCCGCCCUGAGAAUUGGCUACUUGUUAACCUACAUUGCACCAUUGGCGUUCGUACUCUGUAUUACCAUGGGAAAGGAGGCCUUCGAUGAUAUUGCCAGACGGCGAAGAGACACUGAAGCGAAUUCAGAAGAGUACAACAUUCUGGUUUUUCAGGAUGCCGACUCCAACCUUGCCCCUGUACGCCAACGAAAACUGCUCAAGUCUGAAGUGUUACAGAAACACUCUAGGAAGAAGUCAAAGGGGGCUCGAGAGAAUUUGUCAGACAUUCUGGAGGAAGACGACGUCGAGGCACUCCCGCCAUCCUCACGAGUCGUCGAAGUCAGCCGCAAGUCAAAAGACUUGAAAGUUGGCGAUGUUCUCAAACUUACAAAGGGUCAACGUGUACCUGCAGAUGUUGUCAUAUUAAAAUGCUUCACUUCCGAGGCACCAGCCCCUGCACCGAUUCCUGAAGAACCAGCAGAGGAGGAUACCUUGUUGGCGUUCGACGGCGAAGAGCCUCAAGCAAAGGGCAAGCAACCCGCAGAAGCGGCACCAGAGCAAGAGACUGAAAGCGGACCAGGAGGGGAGACUUUUAUCAGGACCGAUCAGUUGGAUGGUGAGACGGAUUGGAAGCUCAGACUUGCUUCACCGCUUACACAAAAUCUACCGACGGAGGAGUUUGUUCGUCUGCGCGUCACCGGUGGAAAGCCAGACAGGAAGGUAAACGAGUUUCUGGGCACAAUCGAGCUGGUGGAAUCUCGAAAGGAUGCAUUGGCGCACCAUGCGACAGUACAAGACUCUGACGCUUCCCACACGGCUGCUCUGUCAAUAGAUAACACAGCAUGGGCCAAUACUGUCAUCGCCUCGCAAGCCACGACACUGGCCGUCAUCAUGUACACAGGUCCUCAGACGCGAUCUGCUCUAUCGACAGCCCCCUCACGUUCCAAGACCGGCCUGCUCGAAUACGAGAUCAACUCUUUGACUAAGAUCUUGUGCGCGUUGACAUUGGCCCUUUCCAUCAUCCUUGUCGCACUCGAGGGUUUCGGAAACACCAAAGACAAUGUGUGGUACGUCAAGAUCAUGCGAUUUUUGGUUUUGUUCUCUACUAUUGUCCCCAUCAGUCUGCGUGUGAACUUGGACAUGGGCAAGAGCGCAUAUUCCUGGUUUAUCCAACGCGAUCCUGGUAUGCCUGGAGCAGUUGUUCGAACAAGUACUAUACCUGAAGAUCUCGGCCGAAUUGAAUACCUGCUCAGCGACAAAACUGGUACAUUAACCCAGAAUGAGAUGGAAAUGAAGAAGAUUCACGUUGGUACUGUGUCUUAUGCCAACGAGGCAAUGGACGAAGUGUCAACGUAUGUUAAACAAGGCUUCUACAUCCCACCAUCCGCAGACUCUGCUGCCCAGAACAUGCUUAUCACUCCGUCAUCCACAUACUCUAGCACUACAACUAUGGGCACGACACGUACAAGACGAGAGAUUGGCACGCGAGUUCGAGAUGUAGUUCUGGCACUCGCCCUUUGCCAUAAUGUUACACCUACUGUUGACAUUGAGGAUGGCAAAGAGGUUACUGGAUAUCAAGCAUCGUCUCCUGACGAAAUCGCCAUUGUCAAGUGGACAGAAUCAGUCGGUUUGAGACUUGUGUACCGAGAUCGCAAGAGUAUGGUAUUGGAAUACACGAACAGCAAGAGACCGGUGGUUCGCGUGCGAAUCCUUGACGUUUUCCCUUUUACUUCCGAAGGCAAGCGAAUGGGUAUCAUCGUUCACUUCCACGAAGACGUCAAGGUGAAGAAUCCGAGUCUCUCUACUGGCGAAAUCUGGUUCUUCCAGAAGGGUGCUGAUACAGUCAUGAGCUCCAUCGUUGCAGCGAAUGAUUGGCUCGACGAGGAGACCGCCAAUAUGGCGCGCGAAGGCUUACGUACGCUGGUCGUUGGUCGCAAGAAGCUCUCAUACGAUCAGUACAAGGAGUUCUCGGCUCGCUAUCAAGAAGCCUCGCUUUCGAUCAGUGGGCGUGAUGCUGGCAUGCAGCGGGUGGUCUCACACUACCUGGAACAUGAUCUGGAACUAAUUGGCGUGACUGGUGUCGAGGAUAAGCUGCAGAAGGACGUAAAACCUUCUCUGGAGCUUCUCCGCAAUGCUGGUAUCAAGAUUUGGAUGUUGACUGGUGACAAGGUCGAGACUGCCAGAUGUGUUGCCGUCAGCUCCAAACUGGUGGCUCGCGGUCAGUACAUCUAUACAGUUUCCAAGCUCAAGAAGAAGGAUAACGCCCAAGAACAUCUUGACUUUCUCCGGAGCAAGACAGACGCUUGUCUCCUGGUAGAUGGCGAAAGUCUGGCUCUCUUUUUGACACACUUCCGUCUUGAGUUUAUCUCCAUCGCCGUCCAGCUGCCCACCGUUGUUGCUUGCCGUUGUUCGCCAAACCAAAAAGCCGAAGUUGCCAAACUCAUCCGCGAGUACACUAAAAAGCGUGUAUGCUGUAUCGGCGAUGGUGGCAACGAUGUCUCAAUGAUCCAAGCCGCUGAUGUUGGUGUCGGCAUUGUUGGCAAGGAAGGUCGACAGGCUAGUUUGGCGGCAGACUUUUCUAUUGAGCAGUUCUGUCAUCUGGUCAAGCUAUUGGUCUGGCAUGGUCGUAACAGUUACAAGCGAAGUGCUAAGCUCGCGCAGUUUGUUAUUCACCGUGGUUUGAUUAUUGCUGUAUGUCAGACUAUGUACAGUAUUGCCAUCAAGUUUGAACCUGAGGGUCUAUACAAGGAUUGGCUACUUGUCGGCUAUGCUACUGUGUAUACUGCAGCCCCUGUGCUGUCACUUGUGUUAGACAAGGACGUGGACGAGAACCUUGCCAACCUCUACCCUGAGCUCUACAAGGAACUCACUUCUGGACGAUCUCUAUCGUACAGAACUUUCUUCGUUUGGGUCUUUGUAUCCAUCUACCAAGGCGGCAUGAUUCAGGGCUUGUCACAGAUUCUCACUGAAGUCGACGGGCCCAAGAUGGUUGCUGUCAGUUAUACCGUUCUAGUGCUCAACGAACUUCUCAUGGUGGCCAUUGAGAUCACUACAUGGCAUCCCAUUAUGAUCAUUAGUAUCAUCGGCACUUUCCUCUUGUAUAUCGGCUCCAUACCUUUCUUGGGCGGAUACUUUGACCUUCGGUUCUUGAUAACAUGGGGAUUCGUCUGGCGUGUACUAGCCAUUGGUGCUGUAUCACUGAUCCCACCAUACGCGGGCAAGUUGAUUAGGAGGACAAUGAAGCCUCCGUCGUAUAGGAAGGUUCAGAGCCACUAGAGGAACAUGUCAUGGGUUUGGAGUUUAGUGUUGGCGUUAGGUUAUCACGUAGAAGGCGCCAUUGUUACAUAGUAUUGCAUGUUUUAUUCGUACCCAAUAGAUGAUGUCUACGCCUCUUUAUGAGUGCUUUGAACUAUAAUACAUUAUAUGAGACCAUCUUGACAGUGAUUUUACAUCUUGAGGACUAGCCAAUCUCUUGCCAGGAGAGGGUUCUGUUUUUGCAGAUAGCCAGCUAUACCAGAUAUCGGACCUUGAGUCUGCUGGCCACCUAACCAUAUCUUGGGCCCGGCAUAGUACUCAAUGAAACCGUCGGGGCCAGAGACGAUAAACAAGUUUUUCCCGGGGGUGGUGCCUUCAGAAGGCUUGCACACACAACCAGGCCCUUCAGCGAGGGCGAAUUCGGAGGCGUGAACAUGCAUUGCUUGAUCGUGGAAUCGACAGCCUGCACUAAACGAAGCAACGGUUCCUGGUGAUGCUGCAAUGGCAUUGCUAAUAUCCCUAUCCUGGAAGCGAGUUCCCUCCUCGUCAACAACGACCUGAAUCCUUAGACGAUCACCAUAGGCCAUCUUGAGGUCUUGCAAGCGCUUUGUGACGGGGCUAGGGCUCUCGACCUCAGUGCCUAAUGUCGUGGGCUUCUUUUCUUGCCAAAACUUCCACGAUGAUUGCCGAGGAGGAGCACUUUUUUGAACCUCUUCUCUCUUCCUUACAGCCCAGAGAAGGUCAACGCUUGACUUUUCGUUCGCUUCCAAAACAGCCUUCGCUGCUUGUAUACCAGGCACUACACCUGUACCGCCGGCAAGGAAGACAAGACGAGAGUGCUCACCCAAUCGCUCCGCUAGUUCAAAGCCAACGUGUGGACCACGUAGGAAAACAUCUUCUCCAACCUGUCUUCGACCUAGAUAGUUGGACAUUUCACCAUCGCCAACAGUCCGGAUAUAAAACCGCAGCGAGCCAUCUAUAGGAUCCUCUGUAGACAGUGGAGGCAGGGGCGUAUAAUGUCGAGAAAUUUGCACCUCGGGUUGCUUGAACUCCACAGACCAAAGAGGAUACCUCCAGUGCUUAUCUGAGGGGUUCAGAUAUGGUAGAGAAGGGUUUGGUGUGCGUGGGACUGCGGUGAUGACGAAUGAGGUUGGUGAGAUGGCCUCGCGAGCUGUGAUGCCGUAGGGAACAAAGGUUAUCUCGUUGAGAGUGUUGGGUCGAGACGGCGGCGUGAGAAGAUAGUAGCCGCCACUGACAAGAACUAUUCCAACGACUAUUAGAGAGGGGAAGAUUCGUGAUUGAAGAGGUGUAGAAAAGUCUGGUUUUUCAGAAGCAUGUUGCCGAGGUGGUGAUGAAGUUGAGAGGCUCCGUGAUGAGAUUCUUGGAGGCUGUGUCUUAGCUAUUGACAAACGGCUCUGGAAUUGACCACAUUUUGUGAGAGUUCGUCGGUUCUGGGUGAUAGACCGCGAUGAACUUGUGAUUAUCCUCGAUGUGGCUCUCAUCAUAUCGGUUGGUGGUGAGGGCAUCAGUUUUGAUCUCGGAGUUUUUUAGUCGUCUUAUUGAGCUUUCAUAUCCAGAACGAAACCACCUGAGGCCAAAACAGACUAAAUAAGGCGGAUGUGCUCAGACGUUCGAGUUGGUCCUUGUGGUCCCGUCGUUUUCAGUAUCUUCAAG